AUGACUUGCCGGAUAACCGCUAAAGCGUGCAGUUUCGCACAGAGAUACAUUGAAGUAUGGGAACAUCUCCAAAACCUGAUAAAAACGUGUCAUUUUCUGUUCAGAACGACUCAUUAUUGACAGAGCAAGAAUUGAAAAGAUUGAAAGAGCACAAGUAUUCGGCGGUGGAUAACAGCUGGCUCGACGAGUUGUGUAUGAAAAGGUAAACUGAAUCUUAAACUAAAAACUUUAUUGUUUGCCUUUCAGAUGGUGGGAAUUUGUGAUAACUUUGUGUCCCAUGUGGAUCGCGCCUAAUCUUAUAACAUUGAUCGGAUUGGUCAUCAACCUUAUCACUGUUCUCGUUCUUUCCUCGUUUAGUUAUUCGGCAACCGAACCAGUGAGAAGACGAAUAAAACACUGAAUACAUAAGUCGGUUCCAGGCUCCCGCGUGGGCGUACUUACAAGCUGCUCUCGGCCUUUUCUUCUAUCAAACUUUGGAUGCAAUUGACGGAAAACAGGCAAGAAGAACGGGUUCCAGCUCUCCGCUAGGAGAACUUUUCGAUCACGGAUGUGAUUCUAUGACUCAGGGUGAGAGUUAAAAUUAAUUACAAAUUAAUUAUUUGCUUCUUUUCAGUCUUUGUGACCCUCAACAUCUGUUACGCAAUGUCAUUGGGAACAGUGUCAAAUGGAGUCCUCAUGGUUUCCGUCAUUUCUGUCGUCAUGUUCUACUGUGCUCACUGGUCCACCUACUGCACCGGACAGUUGAGGUUCUCCAAGUUCGACGUGACCGAAGCACAAAUGUCGGUUAUCAGCGUUCUUAUUUUCACCGCUUUAUUUGGACAUGGAGUCUGGGAAACAAACCUUGUAAGUUUGACGUUUGUCAAAAAUGUCAAAUGCACGAAACAGAAUGUAUCAGACUUGUCGUUGGGGGUUUUAGUACUAACAUCUUGAAACACUAUUUUUGAACCAAAUUGUUUUCCCAAAAUUAUGCCUUUUGUACCGUUUUGUAACUUUGAGUCUGAAAAAUACGUUUUCCGGCUUGUGCUAGCUAAUUUUAAUUGAAAAACUGAAAUUUUCCGAGUAAAAAAAAGUGUAUUUUGAAUCCGGGUCGAUUCUGGACAAGUUUGGAUAAUGAUGAUAAUAUUUCAGAUUUUUGGAUACACUCUCAAACACCUUGUAGUGAUUUGUUCAACUUUAGUAUCGUCUGUUCAAAUUUACGGAUACAUUCAUGUUAUCUUCAGCGGAGGUGUUGGAAAGAACGGAUCCACUAUUGCGGUCAGUACUUUGAACCCUUAGUUAUCAAUCAAUUUGCUUUCAGGGUACUUCUGUGAUCUUCCCGCUCUUCCCUCUUCUCAUGGUCAUCGUUCCAUUCGUCAUGAUCUACAGUAAAACUGAUUCGACAGUGUUCGACGACCAUAUCACACUUUUCUCGUUGUGCUUCGGAGCUGUCGGUGAGUAGUUCCCCGCAGCUUGUUUUGCCAUAAGUUGUGCCUGAAUUGUGUACGAAACAAACUAGCGUUUCCGGUGGUUUUGGUUACGUAGGUGCCUUCUUGACAGGAUAAUGACCCUUGUUAUCUGUGAAUGAACUACGUCAGCAAGGAGAGGUUACCCUCUUGAAAGCAUAAAGUUCAUAAUCAUUGUCUCAAAUUAUAGGAGCGAAAGCAACAAACCGAUUGGUGAUUGCCCAUAUGUCAAAAAGUGAGCUCAGACUUUGGGACUGGAUUUACGUUGGACCACUUGCCCUCAUGCUCAAUCAGUAUUAUAAUUAUGUGUUCGACGAGUAUUUCCUGCUUUGGGUGGCUACAGUAAGGAGAAUAGAAUAGGAUGGAAGAAUGAAAAGUUUCAUAAUUUCAGAUUUACUGCUACGCAUCCCUUUUUGUAUACUGCACAGUGGUUUGUCGACAAUUCUGCGAGUUCCUGAACAUUUACAUCUUCGUUUUGGGGCCUAGAAAAGCAAAGUCUAAUUGACUAGUUUUAGAAGACGUAUGAGUGUCCUUUCGUCAUUCGUAUACAUGAAAACAGUUUUUCAGGUCGAGCCCAACAAAUUUCUCAACAAUCGAAUCCUGCUGGGCGGUUUCGACGAAGACGACCUGUUAA